AGAUUCUUUCCUUCACGUCGUCGUGUGCAGGGAGAGAGGAAGCAGGCAUGACUUUAAUGACUUACACUCUUUUAUUAGGCUCUUAAUGCGUCCGUUUUUUGCUUUGAUUACGUUAUUCGACCAAAUUUUAGGGAUCGCCUUGUCUUUGUUUCUGUAUUGAUUGAGAAGAGCUUGACGACGAGGAUGGACACUUACUGCUGAACUUCGCCUAUUCUUGUGCUUUAUUUCAGAAGUUUGCAGAAGGUCAGCAUGGAGUCAGUAAAUCUUGCUUUUUUGUGUAUCAUCUGUCUUUGCCUGGUGAGGAGAAGCACAGCAGAGCCACCAAGAGUUCCAGACCACAUCCAGCCUGCGGACAGGUUUUCAGAGAUUUGUACAAUUGAUAAGGUCCUGUGUCAGGAUGAGAAUGCUGGACUGAGUUUCGAGGCCAUCAGAGGCAUCCACAAGGAUAUGGACGAUGACGCAAACGGCAGCGUGGAUGUGACGGAGACAGAUGGGUUUCUCAGAGAGGAUCUAAAGUAUCAUGACCCCAAGGCAAAACACAAGAGUUUCCAUGGAGCUGACCUGCUGAUCACUGUGGAGGACAUGUGGAACACCUGGAAGGCCUCUGAAGUAUAUAACUGGACGGUGGAGCAAGUGGAAGAGUGGCUAAUUAAGAAUGUGGAACUGCCACAAUAUGUCGACUCCUUCAGGAAGAAUAAGAUCAAUGGCCAAGCCUUGCCCAGACUGGCUGUGAAAAAUGCCACCUUGACUCUCUCCGUGCUGAAGAUCCUGGACCGCAGUCAUGCUCAGAAACUGCAGCUCAAAGCUCUGGACACGGUCCUGUUCGGCCCACAGAUGAACAGGCACAGCACCUUGAAGGACUUGGUGCUGGUGGUGUCCAUUGUAAUUGGUGUAGCAGGCUGCUGGUUUGCCUUCAUCCAGAGCCGCAACUCCAGGGACCACAUGAGCAAGAUGAUGAAAGACCUGGAAGGUCUGCAGAGAGCAGAGCAGAGUCUUCUGGACCUUCAGCAAAAGCUCCAGAUAGCGCAGGACGAGCACCGGUCAGUGGAGGUGGAGAAGGUGAAUCUGGAGCAGAAGUUGCGAGAUGAGAUUAAUGAGGCUAAAAAUGAGGCUCAGAGACUCCGAGAGCUGCGUGAGGGCACAGAGAACGAACUGAGCCGUCAGAAAUAUGCUGAGGAGGAGCUGGAGCAGGUGCGCACAGCUCUGAAGAAGGCGGAGAAGGAGCUGGAGUCGAGGAGGGGCUGGUCUCCUCCUGAACCUCUACAGAAGUGGCUGCAGGUCACACACGAGGUGGAGGUGCUGUACUACAACGUCAAGAAACAGAAUGCUGAAAAACAGCUUCUGGUGGCUAAGGAAGGGGCAGAGAAGAUAAAGAAGAAGAGAGGCACAUUGUUUGGGACAUUCCACGUGGCUCACAGCUCCUCACUGGACGAUGUUGACCACAAAAUUUUAUCAGCCAAACAGGCUUUAGGGGAGGUAACAGCAGCUCUAAGGGAGAAGCUACAUCGCUGGCAGCAGAUCGAGUCUCUCACAGGUUUGGGCAUUGUAAAUAAUCCGGGCCUGCCCUUUCUGGCCUCAGCUCUCAACCUGGACCCUGUCUGUCUGGGGAUACGGACCGCCCCUCCACAGCACCUGCUGCUUUCUGACGAUCUGGAUGAUAUGGACGAGGACAUACUGUCCCCUGGAACUCUUCGCUAUGCCGCCUGGCAGAUGGACCGGCGUGUGAGUGACCUUUGGCCUGUGGCCUCAGAGAGCCUAUGGAAACAUUCUGCUUCCAGUGCGAUGUCGGUGCGGCCGCAGUACGCCGAGCCGGUGCUGAGCUCUCAGAGGGACCUGAACCACUCGGACUCGGACUCCUCUCUGUCUCUGUGUCACUACAGUGAGAGUCAUCGUGGCUCGUCCACAGCGCUGGGCAGUAGGUCCGUCCUCUCCCGACCUAACGGGGCUGGAUACAGCUCGACCGACAGUCCCAUCUUCCCGAAGAGGUCCUUCGGGAUGGAGAAGUGCGCCAGCCUGGGAGAGAUCCACACCCAGUCCAGCCGCCUGAGCUCAGCUGCGUCCACGCGCUCCCUCAGCACUCCACCGGUAGACACAGACAGACCCGAAGGAGGGAAGAGCAGCAGAGGCAAGAAGAGCCCAGGGGACGAGGACAGCGGCUCCACAGGAGAGGACGCCGAUGUGUCCAGCUCCAGCCGCAAGAAGCACACCUUCACCAGACUCUUCCACAAGCAGAAGCAGAAGAAACAGUAGUUGAAAUCUACUUCACAUUCAUAGAGACUCUACAUUAAAGAAAUAUCUCUUUCUAUAGGUAUAAGGGAGCAUCUACUGUAUGAUUAUCAUUUUUUUUAAAUAAUUUGGUUUAUAUAUUGACAGUGUCAUCUGAUGGGAACAAAAUGUGUGAUUUUUGUGUCAGAUAAUUUAUUCUGCAGAUAUUCACCCAAUUACUAUCCUGAAUAUUUUUGUUUUUUUCUUUAGUCACAAGUUUCUCGUGCCAUCCGUUUACAUGCCUGGGUACAGAAAAGAGAUGCAGAGGGUAAAUCUGUCAGAAAUGUGCGUAAGAGUAGUCCAUUCAGUUAAACGCCCAUGAUAAUAACACGCACAGCUAAACGACUACAGUCUGUGCAUUUGGUGUACAUUUUAUUCGUUUGUUGUUGUUGUUGUUGUUUACUGUAUUGAAGAUAUAUUUUCAUGUUUACACCAGACACAUAUACGAGCACCAGAUAUUCAGCUGGAAAUGUUAGACUGCUCUAUUAUUGUUAAAUGCACAAGCACAAAUAUUCUACGACUCUUUUAUAUGUGUUAUUAACUUUUAUUUUCCUUUUUGUUUGGUGUAAGAAAGACUCACUGUAGACUCCUGUCCAGAUUCCUGUCGUUAGCCUGGUUGCAACACGUCUGCCUCGGGCUUCAACGUGUUGUGCACCUUGCUGAGAUGCUUUUCUACUCAGCACGGUUGUAAAGAGUGCUUAUUUGAGUUAACAUCAGCUUGACUCGGUCUCCUUUGACUCCCAUCAAACAAGGUGUUUUUCUGCGUUCCAGAACCACUGCUCACUGGAUGCUUUUUAGUUUUCCCAAGAUCGUGUGUAAAAUCUUUAGACUGUAGUGUGGAAAUCCCAAGAGAUCAGCAGGCUCUGAAAUACUCAAACCAACCUGUCGGUCACUGAGGUCACGUUUUUCUCCAUUCUGUUGAUUGAAGGGAUCAUUACCUGAAACCCUCGGCCUGUAUCUGAAUGAUUUAACGUAACGUCACCACCUGAUUGGCUGACCAGGUAACUGAAUGAAUCAGCAGGGAUGCAGGUGUUCCUUUUAAAGUGGCAAGACUUUUCUUUGAAGUGGAAAAGGAACAAGGAAACCUGUUUACUCAAAGCUCAAUUGCAAUGGAAUUUGAAAUUCCGUCAGCGAGCAUGUAAAAGACAUGACUGUAUGAAGCAAACUCCAGACUCUUGCAUUUAUUCUCCAACAGUAACGGUUCCAUAAACAGCGAGUUUCGAGUGAACCGGUUUCCAGGGGUUUUCAGGGCUGGGUGUUGAUGAUAAUUGCACACAUGGUGCAGCUGCAGCCGGUGAUCAAGGUGAUAAACACUGGAGUAUUUAAGUCUUUAAGAGGACGCAGGUACAUGUACAGGCAGAUUCAUCAUCCCUUCCACAUCACACCUGUCUAAAUGUGAACUGAAAAGCAUGUCUCUGAAAGUUUUGCUUCAGAAUUUUAAUAAACCUAUUUAUUAUUCUAGUUACAUUA